CUGGGCUUUACAGCACAGUAGAUUCCGUUGUUUUGAUGAGAAUAGCUUCGUUGUUGAGGUGACCGACGAUUUGAGGAAAACUCGACCCGUUUUGAUAUAUCAUUAGGCUAGGAAGCUCGUUAGCUGCUACUUUUCUGAUCGAGUCGCUUAGAAAAAGGCGGCUUGAUCUAGCUAAUACGAAUUGCUUUGUAAAAUCAGGUUGAAAGGGAUGCCGCUGCAGACAGACUCCGACGGACGCAAACAGUCUCUGGAUUUAAUCUCAUCGCAUUUAAUCGGGAAGAGCAGCUUUUCUAUAAAUUUAAAAGGCCUCAGAAUAACUCCCUCUCGACCGAGUGCUUUUGAAAGAUGCUUAAGCUCAAACGCGAAUUAAUUGCUCAGCUGUGAAGUGAGGACAGGAACGUUAAUAGUCAGCAAAGCUAACCGCUAACUUAGCUAACGUUAGCUGGUCAACGAUAAAGCGGGGAUCGUUAAUCUUUUGCGUCGCCGAGUGACCGGAUAGGUUAAGAAGACGAAUAUCUACAGCCAGCGGGUUGACUUUUGAACCUGUUAUUUUCUGCCUCUGCUGAAAAUAUCGCUUGACAGCGAUGAAACUGUUGGAAAACUCCAGCUUUGAAGCUCUCAGCUCCCGGCUGUGUGUCGAAACAGGGGAGUCUCGCAUCCUUGGCAGGAUUGAGAGCUACUCCUGCAAGAUGGCAGGAGACGAUAAGCACAUGUUCAAGCAGUUCUGCCAGGAGGGGGAGCCACAUGUCCUGGAGGCUCUUUCUCCUCCUCAGUCCACAAGCACCACCAGCCCUUCACAAUUGGGCAAGAGCAGCGAGGAUGGGGAAAACCCCCUGAGUGACAAGUGUUGUAGGAAGACUCUUUUCUACCUCAUCACCACGCUCAACGAGUCCUUCAGGCCAGACUACGACUUCAGUGCGGCACGGGCCCACGAGUUCAGCCGAGAGCCAAGUCUCAACUGGGUGGCUAAUGCAGUAAACAGCAGCUUGUUCUCAGCUGUGGGAGAGGAGUUCAACUCUCUGGGGCCGGAGCUGUGGAACGCCAUCGACCAAGAGAUUAACCUGCAGAGCUGUGACAUAUACAGCUACAACCCUGAUCUGGACUCAGACCCUUUUGGUGAAGAGGGGAGCCUCUGGUCCUUCAACUACUUCUUCUACAACAAGAAGCUCAAGAGGAUUGUAUUCUUCACAUGUCGCUCUGUCAGCGUCCUGAGUGGCUAUGGCCGUGAUUGUCUCGACAAUGAGCUGGACAUGGAGCUGGAUGACGAGGAGGAGAUGGAUGGCUUCACUGAGGACAGGUGCCCCAGAGCUCUGUGCGUGUGAAUUUUCCCAGACGGCACGCCUCGCCCAAAGAAUAUCUAGGCUUUUCCUCCUCCCAUCCUUCAACCCCAUCCUACCUACCAUUUUUGUUUCUGGGAUGUUGCUGCCUCAUCCAAAGCCAUGAUCACACUUUUACGCAAAAUGCAUGUUUGAAGCCUUCUCCUCUGCUGGCAGUGAACUAUGUACCGUGAGGUGGUGGACAUUCUGUAAAGACCCCACGGUAACUUUAAUCUCCUUCAUUCUCCAGUGUUUUUUUUUUUUUUUUUAAACCCCAAGCUCCAGGCCCAAACAGAGCACGUUCUCACACAGACACACACACUGGGCUUCAAUACACUUGCCACAUUUCCAAAGAGACCACUUCAUGGACUUUUGAGAAGGGGGGUCUUGAUAUGGAUGUGUGGACAAAAAAAGGACUUCAAGUGAGUUGAGUUUCUUGCAAACGAUGUCAAAGAGGAGUCCACUUAACACCAGCACCAAUGAGAACUGAUACAGAUAACGUUUCUAAUAUUCCAACGUGGGACGGGGCUGGGUCCAUUCUAAAGAAUCCAGUUGAGACUGACUGAUCAGCUGAAAACUCAUCUGUUCAUCGUUUGCUACUUUGUGUGUUGCUUUUUAUGUGUGACAGUGACGUUACUGUGAGAACUUUUUUUAGCACUGAGUUUGAAAUCUUAAAAAACCGCUGCAUUUAUAACUGUAUUAUUGAAUCUUAUUACUGCGAACACUCGUCUGUACUCAUUAGACAGGAGAGCAUGGCCAAGGAGACUUUUGGCACCUGGGUUGCAGCUUAGAAAACAUAUCAGCAAAUGUUCAUUAUUACCCAGUUCUGUGUUUCAUUUUUUUGUCGUCUAGAUCCAGUAUUUUUACAUUGUCUCACUGACCUAACCCUCAUUUCUAAAUGUCUUGUCUUGCCAGUGUUUUCUUUGCUCAUUACCUCAGUGCAAAAGCGUCAUUGAAAAGUGAAUGUAUAGUUUAGAGGAAAAAAAACAAAAUCUUACCAGAAAAAUGGCUGAUGUGUUCGGCAUUAAUUUUUUAGAAACUGAAUAGCUCCUUUUACGUUCCUUCAAAGUGGGUAGGAGUUCUGUCUUUUCUUGACUGCUUUGUGCUUUAAAUGGCCGAUAUAUCACAGAUGUGAAUAAACCGGUGUUUGAUCAGA